AUGGCUUUUUAUGGAUCGGGCCAUAUUACACCAGAUCUAAUCAUGCAUGCUGUUGAUGAAACAAACAAAUAUGCUCAUUUUCACAUGGAAAAUAUUGCCAAGAAACACAACAAGUAUUGGAAAGAUACCAAUUAUACUGAAAUGAAGGCUUUCUUUGGCAUGCUGAUAAUAAUGGGUGUCAGCAAAAGACACUCCCUGGAUGAAUACUGGUCAAACAGCAAAUAUCUGAGAUGUGAUGGCAUAGCAUCUGUGAUGACAAGAAAUCGGUUUCAAAUCAUACUACGUUAUUUCCACCUGGCUGAUCCAGCUGACGAUCCACGUGUUCAGGAUCCAGAAACAAAGAGAACAUUCAGACAAGAACAACCAUUGUACAAGAACCAGAAUUGGCUAAAUGUUAUAACAGAGAAUUGUCAAACCAAUUUCAUAGUUGGUAGGGAGAUAUGCCUGGAUGAAGGAAUGGUGCGCUAUAAAGGAAGGUGUAAAUUUAAACAACGAAUACCAACCAAACCAGACCAGACAGAGAUGGUUUGA